CUUUACUGCAAUAACCAUCCGUGUGACUGCAGCUAUCUAUCAAUUACUGGAAUUUGUAAUUGAAACCUGAGCCUUCCCCCCACUCCAAUAAUCAACUUGAUUGAAUCUUGCCAAACAUGUCAUCUUCAUUCGACAUCAUUGCCGUGAUCCAACCCAGGCCGGGCAAGGAGGGAAGGGUAGAAGAUCUUCUCAAGGUGGCUGCCGCAGCAGUGAAAGCCAACGAGCCAGGCACUUUGAGAUAUCAUGUGAUGAAGCAAACAAAGGUGAAACCUGGGCAAGCACCCGCCUUCAUCAUGCUAGAAACAUACAAAGACGAGCAGAGCUUGGGCAUUCAUGCUGCGAGCAAGGACUUCAAGGCUUUGGGACGCGCAUUCAAGCAGGAGGAUUUGUUGGCUGAGCCCAUGAAGCCGUACUUCACGAAAGAGGUCGGGGGAUUUGCGAGUAAAUUGUAGAGCGGAGGCACGAUCGGUGGGGUGAAGGAGAGUGGGAAAUCCAUCAUCUCAACCAAUUCCAUACUAUUCGAACUAUAUGCUAUAAGUUUUGUGUCGGCAGCC